UUUAUGCAUAACUAACAUCGUAACGAACAAAGGUACGGUGCUUGUUUGUAUGCUCCUGCAAUUGCAAUUUUCAAGUUGCUGACGUUUUGAGGAGAAUCGAAAGAGCAAAAGCAAAGGCAAAAAUGAUGCUAAAGAGACUGUUACUGCUACUAAAACCCAUAACUGUAUUUUCACCACCUUCCCACACCAACCCUCAGAUCUUACAGUUCUUGGAGAAUAGGAGAAAGGUGCACCAUGAUGCAAUAAACUUUUGUCAAGCUAUUCUGCAAAAAAAGUCAAUUGAAUGGAAAGCUGUGCACCGUAACAAUUUGUCACAGCCCAUCAAUGAUGUUGACCUAGUUAUUACACUUGGUGGCGAUGGAACUCUUCUGCAGGCCAGCCAUUUAAUGGAUGACAAAAUUCCUGUUCUUGGAGUGAAUUCUGACCCUACACAAAUUGAUGAGGUGGAAGAGUUCGGCAGUGAAUUUGAUGCUCACAGAAGCACGGGCCAUCUUUGUGCUGCUACUGUUGAAAACUUUGAACAAGUUUUAGAUGGUAUACUUGAAGGUCAAAUUGUUCCUUCCGAACUAACAAGGAUUGUGAUGUCUGUUAAUGCACUACACUUGCCAACUUUUGCUCUCAAUGAUAUCUUAAUUUCACAUCCAUGUCCUGCUUCACUUUCUAGGUUCUCCUUCAGAAUCAAAGAGGGUGACCAGCCAUGUUCUCCUCUAGUUAACUGCAGAUCAAGUGGUCUAAGAGUUUCAACAGCUACUGGUUCAACUGCUGCAAUGCAAUCGGCAGGUGGAUUUCCAAUGCCCAUUUUAUCCCAGGAUCUCCAAUACAUGGUAAGAGAACCUAUUUCACCGGGGGCAACCUCAGACCAUAUGCAUGGGUUGAUCAAACCUGACCAGACAAUAGUCGCUACAUGGACUUGUAGAAAAGGUGUGAUAUAUAUUGAUGGUUCUCAUAUCAAUCAUACCAUCAAAGCUGGGGAUAUCAUUGAGAUAUCUUCCAAAGCACCAGUCCUGAAAGUUCUCUUGCCUCAUCAGUUAUAGUUAGAAAAGAUGUCAAGUAUGUUUCGUGGUAUAUCGUCAUCAGGAGAAUAUGCAAAUUUAGCUGGAGGAUUAAUGUGUUUAACGAAUAAUAUAUGCCACAUGAGCUGACAUGGCUAUAAGCUUGCAAUGUUCCAUUCCUUCUUUAAGGGCUGAGUUGAGUGGCAAAUGGAAUUCUGAGUCUCAUGCAUUAAUAUCCAGGCCAUAAAUUCGAAGCUGACUAGACUUUAAAAUUGAGGAGCAUAAAGAUUCCCAUGUAAGUAUCACUCAAGCUCCAAGGGGAGUAUAUUUCAUAAUGGAAAGAAAGUCUUGUGGUUCACAGAUAGCCAGGGCAUUUUGCUACUUAGUGCAUCUCAUCUUUUAUCCUUUAUAGUGGAUGAGAGAUUUGUUAUAUCCCUUUUAUUAAAGUUAAAAACAGGCCCAUCUUGAACAUGCUAUUGUAUUUUGGUGCUAAUAGCUAGCUGUAAAGAAUGUUCUUGCAAUGGAUAUACAUGACCAAAUAUGCCAGUCGCCUACCAAUCCU